AUGCAUAUAGAUGACAUCACCGUCAUCGUGAAGUGUGUGCUUCACGGGACGCCUGCUGCACUUGACCUCGAGCAUCACGGACAGUAUUCACUGGUGCUAGCCCCAGUCAUCGAGAGUGUCAAGCUAAAGCGGGUGCUCAUCGAUGGCGAAAGCGCCCUCAACAUCCUCUUCGCCAAAACGGUCAACGACAUGAAGAUCCCUAGGUUGGAGCUACCCCCAGGCAAUGCGCCUUUCCACGGGGUCAUCCCUGGGCUGUCGGCUACACCACUCGGGCAUAUCACUCUUCCGGUAACCUUUGGCACAAAGGAUAAUUACUGGACGGAGAACAUCUUCUUUAAAGUCGCUGACUUCGAAACAACAUACCACGCCAUCAUCGGCAGGCCCGCACUGGCGAAGUUUACGGGGAUCCCACACUACACCUAUCUUAUGGUCAAGAUGUCCGGGCCCCAUGGAGUCAUCACUCUGCGCAGUGACAUCAAGCAAGCCUUUAGCUGCGAGGCGGAGAGCUGCGAAAUCGCGCAGCAAAUCGAGGAGAAGGACGGCCGAGAGAAGAUACACGAAGAAUCGACUCGGGUUUCUAGAAAAGUGAUUGAGCACUCUUUGAAUGUCAGAGACGACGCUAAACCAAUCAAGCAACGCCUCCGCCUCUUCGCGCAUGAUAGGAAGGACGUGAUCAAGGAGGAGCUAACCAAACUCCUCGCUGCUGGCUUCAUUAAAGAAGUCAAGUACCCCGACUGCUUGGACAAUCCUGUCUUGAUUAAAAAAAACAAUAAAUGGUGA